AUGGUCCAUGCCCCGAAGAAGCACGGAGUAUCUGCCGAUGGAACGAUUGCGAAGACUUCUACCGCGUCUUCACGGCCUAUCUCGGUCCUCUUCGUCUGUCUGGGCAAUAUCUGCCGCUCUCCCAUGGCCGAAGCAGUGUUCCGAUCCAUCACAGCUUCAGACCAACGUCUUGGUCAGAUAGAUUCUUGCGGUACUGGAGCCUAUCACGAGGGCCACUCUCCAGACCCACGAACUAUGAGCACGCUCCAGGACAAUGGCAUUGUGGACUACGAGCAUUCGGCACGCAAGAUACAAGUGGCAGAUUUCGAUACCUUUGACUACAUACUGGCAAUGGAUAACGAAAAUGCGCAUGAUCUGAUGCGAUUGAAGACACGGGUGAUUAAGAACAAACAUGCCGGAUUGAACAAGGACAAGCUGUCGGCGAAGGUGAUGCUGUUUGGGGACUUUGGAGGAAAGAAAGGAGAACAAGUUGCCGAUCCUUACUACGGGGAGAGGAACGGCUUCGCCGAUGCAUAUGAGCAGAUGGUUAGGUUUUCAAACGGAUUUGUUGCACAGGUCCUGGAUGCGCCUAAAUGA